UUAACUUGUAGCUUUCCGUCAGGCGCGCCGCGGGCAGCUGAGCGAGCGGGCGGAGCAGCGAGGGCCGCCGCGAGGCUGACGUGUCGGCGACGGCGACGGCAGCGGCAGCGGCAGCGGCAGCAUGUCGAAGGUUACCUUUAAAGUGACGCUGACGUCCGACCCGCGGCUGCCCUACAAAGUGUUAAGUGUGCCCGAAAGUACACCUUUCACAGCUGUCUUGAAGUUUGCUGCUGAGGAAUUCAAAGUUCCUGCAGCAACAAGUGCCAUUAUAACAAAUGAUGGAAUAGGAAUAAACCCUGCACAGACAGCAGGAAAUGUAUUUCUAAAGCACGGUUCAGAUCUACGGAUUAUUCCCAGAGAUCGAGUUGGAAGCUCUUAAUGUCUACUGAAAUCUUCUGGAAUAAGUGACAUUGCCAUGUAGCUAAGGUCUGUUUAUUUUGGAACGCCACAUUGUGACUAAAGAAUAGGCCUUUUUAAAGCUACCAAACGUGACUUGCCAAGAUCCAGUCUUUUUUGGCACAGAGAUAAGGUCUCAUUUUCGUGUUAAAACAUACUAAAUCAUGCACUGGUUAUUUCUUUACUGAUAUUUUUCAAUGGACUGAUCCCAUGUUUUGUUAUUGAAAGAAAGAUGGAUGUCUCUAAAGAUGUUUAUUAUUGAAACUGCAAGGGUAAACAUUCAAUCACAAUAAUUAUUUAAAAUAUUACAUAUUGUCAAACCUGCUUUAUGGAAGGGGAACUUUACAAUCUCGGUACAGAGAAAUUGUUCUACCAAGCGUUGGAAGCUUUAGCUUUUUUGUUUUGGUAAAAUUCCAUGUUGAGAGGAAAAGUUUUACCACAAUUUGAGUAUUUAGCCCAAAUAGAAUGGAAAAUGUAAGUGGUUUCUUAUCAAAAUAAGAAAAUAACUGCCAAAUGUUCCAAAGUGAUUGUAAGAUUUAAUUGCUGAAAACAUUUUAGAUAAAAGAAUACUGAGAUACCUAUAUGUUAACUUCACAAAACAUCAAAUUAAGUUUUAAAUAAAAUGCAAUUUCAGAGAAUUUGUGAGACAUAAUCUGAAAAUGCCAGUAGCUGGUAAGGCCUGGCAUGGCGUUUGGGAAUGUAUAAUUACUGGUCAAAUCUGUCAUUCCUUUUUCUAUAAAUACAGAUUCUUUGUAAAAGUCUUGUUACUGCAUGUUACAAGGGAAUCAUGGAGUUCAUUGAAGUGUUUGUGUUCAGAUAAUAUGCUUUUUGUUUAUAAAUUGCCUGAGGUAAAUGAUCAGCCAUGUAUUUUAUUUAGAGAAAUUGCUGCUUUUCUUGAACUGGUAAUACUACUUUGUGAUUUAAUCUGUUUGGCCAAGUCUUACCUGGUUGCAUUUUAUGUGUCUUACUGAGCUUACAGAAGGUAGAACAAUGGGCAGUGUAGUGCUUGGUUUAAUGAGGAUCAUCACAAAUAGAACUUCACCGUGCAAUAAUUCUCCAGAAGGAUGUUCAGGUUUUGUUUCAAAUAGUGUACAAGUACAAAAUGCCCUCAUGAGUGGAUAUGAAUUCACUGCGUAGAAGAAAACUCUCUGAAAGUGAUAUUUGACAUAAAAUUUUCCACCUCUAAGAUGAAUUGUAAAAUUCUGGAUUCUCUUUUGUUUUAAUAAACAAUAUGAAAUAAAUACAAAUGUUCCUUUCUCA